CGACAAAGCCACAUCACCUGAGGACUGAAGCAAGAAUGGACGCAGGACUCACUCAGAUAAACGGGGGACUGGAGAGAAAGGGCUCUCUGACCUCAUCCUACCUGGAAGAACCAAAAAACAAAUCAGGAGUGGUGUCCUGCAUUUUCUCUCUGAAGGAAGAAGUUGGAGCUCUCGUGAAAGCUCUGAAACUAUUUGAGGAGAAAGGCAUUAACCUGACGCACAUUGAGUCCCGUCCAUCACGCAAGAACAAUGAAGAGUACGAGUUCUUCAUCAGCGUGGAUCAAGCCUCCUCUAAAGUUCUGGAUGAAAUCGUUGAUGGUCUUCGCACCCAGAUCAGGGGCCAAGUUCACGAGCUAUCCCGCAACAAACAGAAAGACACAGUCCCAUGGUUCCCCAAUGACAUCCAGGACUUGGACCGAUUUGCCAACCAAAUCCUGAGUUAUGGAUCCGAGCUGGACGCAGACCAUCCAGGUUUCACUGACACCGUCUACCGGGCCAGGAGGAAGGAAUUUGCUGACAUUGCUUACAACUACAGACAUGGACAGCCUAUUCCACGUGUUGAAUACACAGCUGAAGAGAAGGCCACAUGGGGGACAGUUUUCAGAGAGCUGAAGACUCUGUACCCCACACAUGCCUGCCGUGAACACAACCGUGUCUUUCCGCUGCUUGAGAAAUACUGUGGGUAUCGUGAGGACAACAUCCCACAGCUGGAGGACAUCUCACACUACCUGCAAUCAUGCACAGGUUUCCGUCUGCGUCCUGUGGCCGGUCUCCUCUCCUCAAGGGACUUCUUAGCUGGUCUGGCCUUUCGAGUGUUUCACUCGACCCAGUACAUUCGCCACAGCUCCAAACCCAUGUACACACCUGAGCCGGAUAUCUGUCAUGAGCUGCUGGGUCAUGUGCCGUUGUUUGCUGACCCAAAUUUUGCCCAGUUCUCUCAGGAAAUUGGGCUCGCUUCUCUGGGCGCCCCUGAUGAGUUCAUAGAGAAGCUGGCUACAGUCUACUGGUUCACUGUGGAAUUUGGUCUGUGCAAGCAAGGAAAUGAAGUGAAGGCUUAUGGUGCAGGUCUGCUGUCAUCCUUUGGUGAACUGCAGUACUGUCUGACGAACGAGCCUAAACUUCAGCCCUUUGAGCCAGAGAAGACCUGCCAGCAGAAGUAUCCUAUUACGGAGUUCCAGCCCGUUUACUUUGUGGCAGAAAGUUUUGAAGACGCCAAAGAGAAAGUCCGGAGAUUUGCCACUACCAUCCCCAGGCCUUUCUCUGUACGCUAUAAUGCAUACACACAGAGAAUUGAGAUGCUGGACAAUGCACAACAGCUGAAGAACCUGGCUGACAGCAUCAAUGGUGAGAUCUCAAUCCUGUGCAAUGCCCUGCGGAAGAUGUAAACAAUACAAUUUGUGAAGACUUUCGAGAGAAAUCAAGAAGAAAUGCUGGAAAAUCAAAGAAGCUCCACAUCAUCGAUAUUGCUUUUUAGACGCACCUAUAACAUCACUUCUAGUGUUAAUCAAGCUGUUACAAAGAGAGCAUGACAUUUUAAAAUAGUCAUUAUGUAUUGCAUGUAGAAAAAGAUAUAUAUUUAUAGCCUAAUUUUUGUAGUCCAAAUAUAUAGGCGCACAAAGUAUUUAACAUAACGAAUUAAUACUAGAAAAUACGCAAACCGAAUCGCAUGUAAAUACCAAAAAAACGCUUCGUAUAUUGUGUAGCGCGCUGCUUGCAAUAUUUGUCAUUUUAUACAUUGUAUAUUAACAUGUCUUGUUCUUGGUAUUUUAGACCAAUACUGACUGCCUACCGUCCACCAUUUGCUUCAGCUUGUUGUCUCUCAGUGUUGCUGUAAUUUUCCCAAACAACCUGCAAUCAAUUAAGCAUCAAAGGCUUGUUGAAAUCAUGAGCUGAGCCAAUGCAUUCGACGAGUUGUUUUUUUAUUAUUAUUAUUAUUAUUUACGAGGUGUUUUAUUUACAAGAUGCGCUCAUAUGCCGCAUUGAACUAGAUGUUAAUUACAUUACUGACAAAUAUAUGUAGCUAGUUUCGCUCGACUGCUUACGCAACUCAACAUACUGCAUAUUUUGUUGUAGAUGCAAAACUGAAAUGUCAUGCACGCAUUGUUAAAAUUGUUUGAAAAAAAAUCAAUAAAUGUUGACAACUGUUAA